ACUCAUCGUUAAAACCGAUGACCCAUUCAGAUGUUGACUCGAAUGCGAAAAAAAGAUGUUGACCCGAAGCCUGCCUUUAUAGGAGAACAGAGUCCUACAUCUUGCCAUCCUGCGGACAGAGAGAGAGAGGAGAGAGAGAUGGGGAAGGGGAUAUUGGAGGUGCAGCUGAUUGACGCAAAGGGACUGGCAGACACCGAUUUCUUAGGUGGUGAUGCAGAUCCGUACGUGCUGAUCCAAUACAGGACCCAAGAGCGCAAGAGCAGCAUCUGUCGAGGUCAAGGAAGCAAUCCAUCAUGGAACGAAACAUUUAAGUUUGUGAUUCACUCUCCAAGUGACGAACGUCAGCACAAGCUCAUCCUCAAAAUCAUGGACCAUGACACUUUCACAGCCGAUGACUUCAUGGGCGAGGCAACGAUAAAUGUGGCAGAUGUGAUUGCUUUGGGCAUGGAGAAUGGAAUCGGGGAGCUACGCCCUUGCAAGCAUAGGGUUGUCCUAGCUGACGGGACUUACUGUGGAGAGAUUCGAGUCGGUGUCAAAUUUACUACAGAGAUGAAAGAAGAGGAGGAAGAGGAAGAACUCGGAGGGUGGAAACACAGCUUUCGCUCCUAAACUUCUCUUGAAAUGCUCAAUCAUCUGUAGGACUUUUGUAUUUUAGAAUGCUUGUCACAGGCAUGGAUUGUCAGUUUAUGGUUCAAGUUAUGGAAUGUAGUAGCAGAUCGAAGCCAGUGGAAUGUAAUCAGUAUAUGAUCGAAACCAGCUGGAUAGUUAAAUUUUAUUGCAAAUUGAUAGGAUCGCUUCAUUAUUUACUA